AUGGGUCGCUUUCUGGUGACCUGUUCUGUGCCUGGCGUUGUUGAAAGUCGGUGCUGCGGAGUCCAUGAUACGGACCAGCACCGCCGCACCGCCGUGAAAGGUGGCUUAAAGAUGUACUCGUACUCGUAUCCCUCCUUUGCGCCGGACGCCUCCUUAUCCCCGAGGAGGGGGCCGAUAUCGCAGUGCGCACCCCGUCUAUCGCCCGACGGGGAGGGCAGCUCUAACACCGGCUCGCGGACAAGGCAGGUGCCCGCCCGCAAGCGUGCCCGAGCCCUGUCGACCGCUGCCUGCUGCUGGUCCCGGGGCAUGGCCUGCGUCAUCCUCACCCACCCUUGGGAGGGGGUGCCAGCCUUGCAGCGGAACGCCGGAGACGAGCUGAAGUUUACGCUCUUGAAUCGCGAGCUGAGCGGCAUCGCGAGUCUGGAGGGCCCCCACACGCUGCGGGUUAGAGCUGCCCUCCCCGUCGGGCGAUAG